AUGACAUCAAUUAAAAGUCUACCCAGAUAUAUUGACUGGCCUUCUGAUGUAGACAUUAAAAGAGCAGAGAGGACUAAUCCGACGGUAAAGGCCAUCAAGAGUUUAUUAUAUAAUGGUGGAUCAAUUUAUGCAUUUCUAUAUUUUUUUGUCGCUAUGUUUGUUGAACCAAUGCUACAAAAGCAGUAUCAGCAGAGGAACGAUUUUUCUUUAUUUGUUAUAUUGCGUUUGAGGAGAAUUAUAGCUCAAUUGCAGAAACGACUAGUGAUGACUCCAGUAUCCUCGCUGGGAUACAACGAACAAAAUAACUCUGUGGAGAGGUCCACUCAAACUUCGGAUGACAAUGUAAUACAAAAGGAUAACAGCCAUUGGGCUGAAAUAACUUAUCAACUGCAAAGUGUGAAGCAAGAAUUACAAUACUUUAACAGAUCUUUGGACCAACCAACCGAAAGUAUGGACGAUUUUGUCUUUCAAAUUAAGAUGGCGACAGACCAGGUUGAAUUAACAGAUAGGACCCAAACUUUCUCUAAUAAAUCAAGGGAUGUUAUCCAGGAAAUUCGAGAGAUUAAAGGCUGGUUUGUGAAUUGCCAAGUACCAAGGUAA